CAAACACCGCAUAGCUCCACUUCACAAGCAAGAACAUCAGCCUGCGCCCAGUUCUCGAUCGAGUUGGCAUCUUGGAUCGCACGAAUUCAGAAAGCUCUUGCAGUCACCAUUCAAAAAACAAAAGCUCUUGAAGUCCAGGAAGCGAUCAGCAGGAGCCUGAAUUUGUUGGAGGUGUGCGAGGGAGUGGCCAUGGAGGUGGAGGCGGUCAGCUGCGAGUGCUGCGGGCUGGAGGAGGAUUGCACGGGCGAGUACACCGCCGGCGUGCGGGCCUACUUCGGGGGCAGGUGGCUGUGCGGGCUGUGCUCGGAGAGCGUCAAGUACGAGGCCGGCAAGCGCGCGGGCGGCGCGGCGCCCGGCGUGGAGGAGGCCGUGCGCGCGCACAUGGCCAUCUGCCGCACGCUCAAGAGCGGCGGGCCCGCGGGGCGCGUCGCCGACGGCAUGCGCCAGAUGCUGCGCACCGCGUCCUGGAAGAAGGCGGCGGCAGACCCGUCGCGGUCGGCGGGGGGCCAGGGUCACCACCGCUCCUCGCCGCUCUCCAUCGGGCUCUGAUCGUGAUCGAGCUCGAGGCGGCGGCGUCGUGCUUGGCUUCCUCUAGCCAGGCCGCCAGGCGCUGGAUAUAUCGCGAGGUAAACUGCAUAGCUUCGGCUUCCCGCUUCCUCUCGAUCACUAGCUAGGCGCUGGUGCUAGCGUUCUUCGUCAGAUCGAGCGCCAUGGGUGUUUGCGACUUCUAUGUAAGCUUUGAUUUUUGAACCAGUUUGUACAUAUAUGUAAGGAUCAAUCAACCAAACCUUUGAGAUUAUGGCUUUGAUCAAUCGAGAAAUCAAUUAGCUUAUA